AUGACCAUGACCAACCUCCCGCCUUCCUCAGGGGAUGACAACUGCUAUUACAUCCUGACAGGAGAAUGUUCCUAUGGCAGCAAGUUCUUCCAAGCUGGAAACCUGUGUUUCUGCAGCGAGAGGAGUUACCUGCGCAACUUCCCCGACGACAGGCCCCCCACUUGCUUCUUGAGGGUCAUCAUGUUGGAUGACAGCUCCACUGUCACCAUCAAGGUGGACGUCCUUCAGCCCGUGCCUGAGAAGGUGGCCGCCUUCCUCCUGGCCAUCAGCAGCCACCAUGACCGGUUGAAAUACUUCUUGGACAGGGUGAACCUUGAGGCAGCUCUGAGGGCUGUGCCAGGCCACAGGGUGAUGGCUGAGGUUGAGCACCAUUAUUUCCCUGGAAUCAUCCGUUACAUUGGGAGCGUUUAUAGGAGCAGUUCUCCUGUGUUGUCUCCCUUCUUCUUUGGGGUGGAGUUACAGGGUGAAGGAGAAAACAGAGGGCACAGUGAUGGGUCCUACCGUGGCACUGAGUAUUUCAAGUGUAAGAAGAACUGUGGGAUCUUCCUGCCAUUUAGCAAAGUCCAGUUUACUCCAGAGGAAAACUAUGGGAAACAGAAGCCAAAACCAGACACAGAGGAGGUGGUCCCUGUGAAAGUGGGAGAUGCAGUUAGCUUCUACGUGGACGAGGUCCUCACCAAAGGAAUAGCCAUGGCAGUUUACAGGAAGGGAACCCAGUGCUUUGUUAAAGUCUGUCCGGAAGAAGAAGGAACAACUGACAUUUUCAGAGAAAUCCCUCUGGAUUCUGUUGUGAAGGAGAACUUGCAAAGUUUAUUUUCACCCUUUGAGUCCAACAUGGGCUUGGGACCCCCAAACCAGAUGAAACAAGAGCUCAGUGAGAGCAGUGAGGAGUGUGACGGUGGGAACUCAGCCUUGGAAGUGAACUCCAUGGUCCAGAUCACCUUGGACAAAGGAACUCGGGUCUCAGGAAUCAUCCGCUGGUUGGGCUACUUGCCCCAGAUCAAGCACAAGAUGGCAGGAGUUGAACUGGAUGAAGAUAAGGGGGUCACUGCUGGCGAGUGGUUGGGCAAAUACUACUUCCACUGUGCUCCAAAGCGCGGCCUCUUCGUGAAGCUGCAGUGCUGCCAACCCGAUGUUCGCUUCCAGAGCUCCCACAGCAGUCACUUGAGCCUUGUGGAUUAUGGAGGACACGAAGUUCUUCCCCAGGCUCCAGACAGUUUUCCUCCCCUCAGGAAUGAGGCAGCGGUGCAUGUCCUGCAAGGGCGGAUGAAGGGGAUCCAAGGCCAUUGUAAUUCCUGCUAUAUGGAUGCAACUCUCUUCAGCCUCUUCUCCUGUACGUCUGUGGUGGACUCCAUGCUCUUCAAGCCCUUCCUGCUGUGUGAUAGGAAUGUCCAGAGCAUUCUGAGGGAUGAGAUUGUUAAUCCCCUCCGAAGGACUGGUUUUGUCAAGGCCAGGAGUGUGAUGCACCUCAGGGAGCAGCUGACUGACAAGGGCCAGUGUUCAAGCUUUACCAACGCUGAGAAAGAUCCUGAGGAGUUCCUCAAUCUCAUCAUGCACCAGAUCCUGGGGAUAGAACCACUCUUGAAGCUGCAGUCAGGAGGCCAGAAGGAGCAGGACUGUUACUGUUACCAGAUAUUUAUGGACAAACAGGAGGAUCUGGUGGUUCCUGACGUGCAGCAGUUAGUGGAACGCUCCUUCCUGUCCUCUGAUCUGAAGCUAGUGGAGAUCCCAUCUUGCUUCAUAAUCCAAAUGCCACGUUUUGGGAAGGAGUAUAAAAUGUUCAGCAAAAUCAUUCCUUCCUUGGAGCUGGAUAUAACAGAUCUGCUGCUUGACAGUCCCAGGGAGUGCUGCCUGUGUGGUGAUGUUGCCGCCCUGGAGUGUUCCGAGUGUUUCAAGGACAAGGUGUUCGCAGCUACGGGCCUGAAGCAGUUCUGCAGCUCCUGCUCCAGACGGGUUCACUCUCACUACCGCCGCAAAACACACAAGCCAAGAGAGCUGCACAUCCCAGAGGAAUUCCACACGCGGAGCCCCCAGGGCUGCCAGCAGGUCCCUCAUGAGAAGAUGGAGCUCUUUGCAGUGCUCUGCAUCGAGACCAGUCACUAUGUCUCCUUUGUGAAGUAUGGCCCUGAGAAUGACCACUGGAUGUUCUUCGACAGCAUGGCCGACAGACAUGGUGGUGAAAACGGCUUCAACAUUCCCACAGUAACCCUGUGCCCUGAAGUUGCCAAGUACUUGGACUUGCCACUGGCUGGGCUGGCCCUGGAGCAGCCUCGGGACAUGGAGGGAGUGGCCAAGCGCCUCUUCUGUGAUGCCUACAUGUACAUGUACCAGAGCAAGAAGAUGGCACUUUACAAGUGA